AUGCCGGAGGGCCGGAGAGGAUUGUGGGAGCCGGGGGCGGGGCCCAAGCAAGAGUCAGAGUGUCUGAAGGGUGUGAAGGGCCCAGGCAGACCCCGGGGCUCUCCCCAAUGGCUGCUGUUGGACUUGGUUUCCCCAGCAGGCCGGGAGAUGCUGAAUGGCCAGGUGAGCCUCAUGGCUGGCAGUGCCCACAGCGUCCCUGCCCUCUCCCAUCUCCGGGCUGGGAAGCUCGGGCCGCCCGCAGCGGGGGAUCGGGAGCCCGAUGGAGCGCGUGCCCGGGGCCUGCUGGCCGGCGGUCAGGCUGCUGGGCCGGCGCGGGGGUGCUCAGGCUUGUGGGAAACGGUGACCUUCCGGGACGUGGCCGUGGACUUUGACCAGGAGGAGUGGGGCUACCUCGGGCCGCCCCAGAAGGAGCUCUACCGGGAGGUCAUGCUGGAGAACUACAGGAACCUGGCGUCGCUGGGGCAUCUGCACCCCAAACCGGACCUGAUCUCCUGGUUGGAACAAAGGGAAGAGCCUUGGUCUCAGGGUCUGCAGGAAAGGACGUCAAAGAGAACCCAUAGACUAAACAGGGGAAAGAAACCUUAUGAUUUUGAGCAAUAUGAAAAAGCCUUCAGCCAGAACUCAAGUCUUACCCAACACCAGAGGAUUCACCCUGGAGAGAAACUUUUUGUGUGUAAGGAAUGUGGGAAGAGUUUCAAACGAAGUUCACACCUUAUUCAACACCAGAGAAUUCAUAGUGGAGAGAAGUCUUUUAAAUGUAAUGAAUGUGGGACAGCCUUCAGCCAGAACUCACAUCUUGUAAGACACCAGAGAAUUCACACUGGAGAGAAACCUUAUCAUUGUAAAGAGUGUGGGAAGGCCUUUAGCAGGAGCUCACACCUUAUUCAACACCAGAGAAUUCACACUGGAGAGAAACCUUACGAUUGUAAGGAAUGUGGGAAGGCUUUCAGUCGAAGCUCAGCCCUUACUCAACAUCAAAGACUUCACAGUGGUGAGAAGCCAUAUAAAUGUAAGGAAUGUGGGAAGGCCUUCAGCUGGAGCUCAGCCCUUACUAAUCACCAGAGAAUUCACACUGGAGAAAAACCAUAUAAAUGUAAAGAAUGUGGGAAAGCCUUCAGUUUUAGUUCUCUCCUUACUAAACAUCACAGAAUUCACACUGGAGAAAAACCCUAUGAAUGUAAGGAAUGUGGGAAGGCCUUCAGCCAGAGCUCAGCCCUUAUUAAACAUGAAAGAAUUCACAGUGGAGAGAAACCUUAUGAAUGUAAGGAAUGUGGUACAUCUUUUAGUUGGAGCUCAGCUCUUAUUCAACAUUAUAGGAUUCACACUGGUGAGAAACCUUAUGUAUGCAAGCAGUGUGGGAAAGCCUUCAGCCAAAGCUCAGCCCUUAUUAAACAUAAGAGAAUUCACAGUAGAGAAAAACCCUAUGAAUAUAAAAAAUGUGGGACAACUUUCCAUUGGACCUCAGCUCUUAUUCAACACCAACAAAUCCACAGUGAAGAGAAAUCUUAAAAGAUGAAAGCCUUCAGCCACAACUCAUCCCUUAUUUGGGAAAGAAUUGUUAGAGGAGAAAUGCCCCUAUAUAAAUGAAGAGUGUAUAAAGCCCUUCAUAUAAAGUUCAAACCUGACUUGAUACUAGAGAAAAAGGGAAUUCCAUGAAUGUUGGAAGGCCUUUAAUCAGAGGAAGACUCUCAUUCCAUCACAUCAUUCAUCCUUGAGGAAGAUGUAAUGAGUAGCCUUCAGGAUGAUUGAUGAGUUUUAAUUACAUAUCAGCCAAUUCAUCUUAGAAAAUAACCUCAAGAGGGCCUUCAGUCAGAGAUCCAUGAAGUCAUUCUUGAGGGAAUUACUACAAAUGUAAAAAAAAUGUGGGAAGGAAUAAGGUGACCCUAAUCCUAACUCUAUAUUAUUACUCCAAAAUAACAAGAAAUUUAGCAAAUUUUUUAAUACAAUAAAAAAGAGCAAAGAAAGAAAUCAUAAACAGGGAAACUUUGCAGAAAAACCAGCAGAGAGGCCAAAUUAAUGAGCAAAUAAAAAGAAGGCCUCAGCCAUAAGAUAAAAGAAAGCAAUGAAAAAUCUCCAGAAGAAAUGAGUGAUACCACUAUAGCAGU